ACGAGGGAGUUUAUUCGGUUUACAGCAACUAGAGGAAAUGGAAUAUUAUCCUUUUAAAGUUAAAGGAACAUUUUUGUAUGAUCAAGAAUUUCCUAUAGGUCCUAGAAGUUUAAUAGUGGAUGGCGAUUCUUCUAGUCAAGGUUCUUUUUUAGGAAAUAAAGAUACCUAUCAAGGAUAUUACAUUAUUACGCCUUUCAAAUUAUCAGAUCAGGAUUUGACAAUCCUGGUAAAUCGUGGUUGGGUUCCUAAGACAUUAAAAAACGCAAAUACAAGGCAGUAUACUCAGGUAAAAGGUGAGGUGGAAAUUGUAGGUGUUUUAAGAUUGAACGAGAAACGGCCACAGUUUCUACCAAAAAAUUCUUCAAAGGAUGAUGUAUGGUACUAUAGAGAUGUGUAUGCAAUGGCUGAGAAAGGAAAGACAGCUCCUAUAUACCUUGAUAUGAAAAGCGAUAAAAACUUUCCCAAGUAUCCAAUAGGAAGUCAAACAAAAGUGAAAAUAAGAAAUGAGCAUUUAAGUUAUAUCAUCACAUGGUAUUCUCUUUCUGGGUUUACUGCAUAUAUGUGGUAUAAGCUAAUCAUUAAAAACAAACCAUUAUAAUGUAAUUAUCUAAUGGUUAAAAAUUAGGAAUACAGAAUGAAAUAAGUCAAAGUUUGUAGAAGUUUUUAUUUUAGAAUAUAACAAAGUGAAUGUUUCAUACUAAUCAGAGAAUAGUAUUAUCUUCAUCAAAACCAUCGUUUAUUAUUGUUAUUAUUAUUAUUAUUAUUAUUAUUACUGCUGUUAUUAUUAUUUCACUGUUAUUAUUACUAUUAUUAUUAUUAUUACUAUAAUAUUACAUAUUAUUAUAACAACAACAAUGAUAACCACUACCAACGAAACUGUCAACAAUGGUCCUGAUAUACAAUUACAAAUACAGAAGUCAGCAUAGAAAAUACAAGUAUGAAAAUAUACCAUACAAAUAUGAAAAUACACCAUGUACAUGCUA